GUACRACUUCGYUGGAGCUACAAGCUUUCCCUAAUCAAUUUGAAUUUUUACUAUGGAAGCUGCAGCUAGUAGUCCUAGUACCACCGAGACUCGCAUCUAUCACCCCUCUAGACUGUUCAUUGGGGGAUUACACAAAGCCAUUUCAGAACUUGAGUUGGAAAAUUUCUUUGCCGAAUAUGGCUCGAUCACUGAUGUACGAAUCGUGUGCGAUAAGCGCACCGGUGAGAGCAAAGGAUUUGGGUUCGUUACUUUCGAAACUCCCGAAACUCGGGAUAACCUACUUAAGCUCGAUAAGAGCUCCUUUUCAAUGAAGGGAAAGGACCUUCGCCUUCAUCAGGCAUUCCGCAGAAAGGGACACGGACAGUUUGCGUCGAACGCCGCGGCCGGUAAUAAUGGUACGCCUACAACUAGCGGCUAUCCGGUUCAGUGGGUUCUGGUACCCACGAAUAAUCAUCACAAGGAAUACUACACGGUGUAUUACCCACAAACCACGUACACUUAUGGUUACCCGGGUUACAUGGCUCCCCUUCAACAGGGUGGAACAACUUACUACUUGACUGGGUCAAAUUCAUACAUGCCUUGAAAAGACUUAUUCAAGCAAAAAAACGAUUCCGCAUCWUGAAGUCACUUGGUGUAUUUUUAUAUGUCUUUUACACUUUUUAUACUCUUUUUUAAACCAAAACAGCGACAAGAAAGUUUCUUAAAGCGUGUACAUUCAUUUUUAUAAACUAUUUAUGUGUAAACAAAGUAUUAAUGUCUUUUUUAUCCGUACAAAUUUAACAGAACAUUAGGGACAAACUAUCGAACAAGCAAUUGAAAAAUCCAGGCAAGCACUAAGGAAACAACUUGCAAAAUACGAGAGAUAUUGUUCAAAAACGUAUACGAAGUUGGAAGUUACGUUUUGCCCCCCUUUGCUUUUUUAAUGGCCACUUCCUAAGUGAAAUAAACUCCUUGAA